UGGGUUUGGGUAUCAGAGUGAUUUUUGUGUUGAAUCCAGAAUGAGAUCCAUCACAAUUUUUGUGCUGGCCUGUGCCACAUUGGCCCUGGGUUACGUUGUGCCGCCGGGUGGUCAAGUGAAAUACGCCGACAAAGAUUUCCUGUACAAGCAGAAGGCUCUCUUUGAAGUCCUACAACAUGUUCAUCAACACGAGAUUCACACAACACUCUGGGAUGAGGCCAAGACAUUCAGCUUCGAGAACUACUUCGACCACUAUUCCAAUGUGACGGCUGUUAAGGAAUUCUACAGCAUCUACAAGCACGGAAUGCUUCCUUUCGAUGAAGUGUUCUCUGUGCUCGAAGAUACUCACCAAUACCAGGUUGUGUCGCUCUUCAAUGUCUUCUACUAUGCCAAAGACUGGGACACAUUCUACAAGAGCGUUGUCUGGGCCCGUUUCCACGUCAACGAAGGCAUGUUCAUCUACGCCUUGACCGCUGCCGUCCUCCAUCGUCCCGACUUUGCUGGUCUUGAACUCCCUGCCAUCUACGAAAUCUACCCCUAUUACUUCUUCAACAGCGAUGUCAUCGCCCUGGCUCAGCAGUACAAGAUGCAAGGAUUCUAUGGCAUGAAGAAGGUCGAAGAUGUCUACACCGUCAUCAUCCCAUCCAACUACACCGGCUGGUACGUUCACACCACUCCUGAUCAGAAGGUCUCCUACUUCACUGAGGAUGUUGGCCUUAACGCCUACUACUACUACUACCACAUGGACUAUCCCUUCUGGAUGGGCGGCAAGGAAUAUGGACUGUACAAGGACCGUCGUGGUGAGCAAUACCUCUUCUUGCACCAGCAAAUCCUCGCCCGUUACUAUCUUGAGCGUCUGUCCAACGACUUGGGCCACAUCCCCGAAUUCAGCUGGUACGAACCUAUCUACACUGGUUACUACCCCAACCUUCGCUACUACAACGGUGUCUACUUCCCAUCCCGCCCCAACUACUACAACUUCUACACCGAGGAGAACUACUUCGAUGUUGACACCCUCUGGACCUAUGAACAGCGUAUCCGUGAUGCCAUUGAUCUUGGUUUCAUCUACCUACCUGACGGUACCCAUGUUGACCUCACCAAGCCCGAUUCCAUUGAAUACCUUGGCAACCUGAUCCAGUCCAACCCUGACUCUGUCAACACCCGCUACUACAAGUACGUCGUGCGUUUUGCCAAGAUGCUCCUCGGUAGCACCGUCGACUACUUCGGUCACUAUGAUGUUGUGCCAAGUGUACUGGAACAAUACGAAACUGCCAUGCGUGACCCACUCUUCUACCAGCUGUACAAGAAAAUCAUCAAGUUCUACUGGCAAUUCAAGGACAAGCUGCCAUCCUACACAGUCGAUGAGAUCAACUUCCCCGGUGUCAAGGUUGAGAAUGUCGAGGUUGACAAGCUCGUAACUUACUUCGACAAGUUCGAUGCUGAUAUCACCAACGCCGUCGAUGUUGAGGUCUACGAUGAGAAGAUGCCCAUGUCUGAAAUGAAGAAGUUCGGAAAGAUGGCUCACUACCAGGGUGAGGACUUUGUCAUCAAGGCUCGCCAGACCCGUCUCAACCACCUGCCCUUCACUGUCAAACUGACCGUACAGUCUGACAAGGCUGUCAAGUCUGUGGUUCGUGUCUACCUUGGUCCCAAGGUUGAUGAGUUCGGUGUUGUGUACGACGUCAAUGAAAACCGUGAGAACUUCGUCCUCUUGGAUGUCUUCCCAUACGAUCUCGUUGUUGGUAAGAACGUCAUCGUCCGUGACUCCAUGUACUUCAGCCAGUUCGUAAAGGACCGCACCACCUACUUCGAACUCUACAAAUGGGUGAUGACUGCCUACUCUGGCGAGACUAAAUUCCCUCUGGACAUGACUGAGGCUCACAAUGGCUUCCCCAGCCGUCUGAUGCUCCCCAAGGGCAAGAAGGGUGGUAUGCCAUUCCAGUUCUACUUCAUUGUAUCCCCCUACCACCCACCCAGUGUACCCCAGUACACCGGAUAUGACCACACCAUCACAGCUGGAGUUGGCUCCGGUGCUCGCUAUGUGGACUCCCUGCCAUUCGGCUAUCCCUUCGACAGGAAAAUCAACGAGUACGUGUGGUACACACCUAACAUGUAUUACCAGGAUGUCCUCAUUUUCCACAAGAAGGAGGCUGACGUCAACACCGUCUACUAAAUACGAUCAACUCUACCAACGCCACAUCAUACAAGAAAAGCAAUCAUAGACGAAAAAUCCAAAAAAAAAAUUGUCGCAAUUAGUGAAAAAUGAAUUAGAAGUGCUGGUCAGUAAAUUAUAUCGCUGUGCAUGAAGUCAUCCAAAUGGGUGGUGAGAAAGCACAAGAAGAAAAUAAUAAAAGAAUUUAAUUUCAA